AAUGAGAGUCUGAGCCGCAAGAACAGGUGAAUGAUUACUGAAUUACUGUAGGACUACUGUUAAUGCCGUCGUCUAAAUUUAUCCGUUAUCUUGGUCCCAUAAUAAACAAAUAGUGGAUGUUUUCACGCGAGCGGUCCAAUUAACUUUAAUAAUGGGAGCCCAAAUAAAAAUCGGAGAUACGUGACAAAAAGAGGUCGACAACUCGCCAAAAGCCUGGAAUUAGCAGCAAGGUUGAGCUGAGAGUGGCACCAUGUUGUCAGGGGAGGAGAUUCUGUGCAGCACGCGGCAAGUGAUAGCGGGCCUGGAGGCGCUUCGUGGCGAGAACCACACCCUCCUGGACGACCUGCAGAAGGCGCUGGAGGGCCGGCCGGCGGCCGACAGUGGCAGUGUGGAGCAGGAGAAGAGUGGCAUCAUCCGCCAGUCUCUGGAGAGGAUAGAGCUGGGCCUGGGAGAGGCACAGGUGAUGAUGGCUCUGUCGGCCCACCUGGGCUCCCUGGAGGCGGAGAAGCAGAAGCUGCGGACCCAGGUACGGAGGCUGUGCCAGGAGAACCAGUGGCUGAGGGACGAGCUGGCCGGGGCCCAGCAGAGGCUGCAGGACAGGGAGCAGGAGGUGGUCACCCUGGAGGAGCAGAACAGACACCUGCAGUUCAUGAGCAGCAUCCGCAAGUACGACCAGGAGGAGCCCCCACCGGAAGACAAAGGAACGGGCUCCACAAAGGAGUCCCUAGAUGAUCUUUUUCCCACGGACGAGGAGGAACAGUCACAGAUAUCUCAGCCCCACGGUAGCAGUGUGGCAGCAGCGGCCCAGCAGGGAGGCUAUGAGAUCCCGGCCCGCCUGAGGACCCUUCAUAACCUGGUGAUCCAGUACGCCUCCCAGGGCCGCUACGAGGUGGCCGUGCCCCUCUGCAAACAGGCCCUGGAGGACCUGGAGAAGUCCUCGGGCCACAGCCACCCUGACGUGGCCACCAUGCUCAACAUACUGGCCCUGGUCUACAGAGACCAGAACAAGUACAAAGAGGCGGCGAACCUCCUGAAUGACGCAUUGGCCAUCCGGGAGAAGACCCUGGGCAUAGAUCACCCUGCGGUGGCAGCCACACUCAACAAUCUUGCUGUACUGUAUGGAAAGAGAGGGAAGUACAAGGAAGCUGAGCCACUGUGUAAGAGAGCCCUGGAGAUCAGAGAGAAGGUGUUAGGCACGGACCACCCUGACGUGGCAAAGCAGCUGAACAACCUGGCGCUGCUGUGUCAGAACCAGGGCAAGUACCAGGAAGUGGAGCAGUACUACGAGCGUGCCCUGCACAUCUACCAGAGCAGGCUGGGCCCCGACGACACCAACGUGGCCAAGACCAAGAAUAACCUGGCUUCAUGUUACCUGAAACAAGGGAAGUACAGACAAGCUGAGGCUCUGUAUAAAGAGAUCCUGACCCUGGCCCAUGAAAAAGAGUUUGGAUCUGUGGAUGGUGAGGUGCGGGACAUCUGCACCCACACGGGAGAGGAGGGCUCCAUGCAGGAUGGGCUGGGCAGUCUGAAGCGCAGCGGCUCGUUCACCAAACUCCGCGAGUCGAUACGCAGGAGCAGCGAGAAGCUGGUCAGGAAGCUGAAAGGAGUCGGAACUCAGGAUACCACCCCUCCGACUCCUGGGAUGAAAAGGGCUAAUUCUCUGAAUGUGCUGAACGUGGGUGCGAGGGAGCGUCAAGAAGCGGCAAGGGGCACCAGCGACCUAACAGAGAACCGAACCCUGAGCUCCAGCACCCAGAGCCUUGCACGGCGAGGGUCCCUCAGCUACACCUCUGAACACUAGCCCCCCUCCCAACAUCCAGGAAGUACUCUCAUACAGCUCUGACCCCUACUCCACUCUCCGUCUGUGGAUUGGCCUCUUGUGCCUACAUGGGUCACUCCCCCCCUUCCCUGUUUAAAUCGAACACUGUUCCAUUAUCAGUUGAGGUUUGUUUACUGCACUAUGUUGUAGUGGGGGGAGGCCACUGGUACUCCUUGCCUGCUGUCUGCUAGUUUCAUCCCCUGGUGCCCCAGUUCUAGGGUAUAGAUUAGGAUACACACAGCAAUGAGGACUGGUUUUGAGUGACACAGAUUGUAUCCAUUUCAGACCAGUUUAAUCUGGAAAUGAAAUGACAAUCCAUUUUGCUUUUUUAUAAUGAUUUAGUAAUGCUCUGUUGUGACUUACUGUACAAGGAGGGAAAUGCUUGAAUUCUUAAAUGAUUGUUCACAAUUAUGAACAUGUUGAUAUUUCUAUUAAGGUAGUGUCUGAAGCUAUUGGAUAUUAUCUAAAUGACUGUAGCUAUGCAUGAAAAAAAUACUUUAUUUAUACAAUAUGGUUUUUUAAAUGUGUUACAUUCUGAUUUUAUCUUCUUGUGUUCAUGUUUACCAGCGGUUCUCGUGUUUUUGGCACUAGAUUUUAAUUCCAAAACGCUGAUCUGCACAAGCACAAUUAAAACAAAGAUUUACUAAUACAUCUAGUGAAUGUGAUGCACAAUCUGUGUAUUGGCUUCCAUAUUAGGUUAUGGUAAAGGACUCUCCUUAGUCCACAAUAUUACAGCAAAAUCUCUACUUCCCAGUCCAGCUGUAGAAUGCUAUGUAAUUAUUGUCUAAGGCUUGGCAUUCUGUGAAAUGUUUGAACUAUGUUUUGCCGAUUUCAUUAUGAGCAGAUAUAAAAAGCAUAAGGGGCUCCCAAGUGGCACAGUCUAAGGCACUGCAUCUCAGUGCUAGAGGUGUCACUACAGACCCUGGUUCGAUUCCAGGCUGUAUCACAACCAGCCGUGAUUGGGAGUGCCAUAGGGCGUCGUUAGGGUUUGUAAAUAAGAAUUUGUUCUUAACUGACUUGCCUAGUUAAAUAAAAUGAAACUAUUUUGAUGGGCCAAAAGUAAAAGCACUACAGUAUGUGCCUGUAUGUAAUCUAUUAUUUUUAAAUUUCUCAGUUUGGUAUACAUUUACAUUUUUGGGGGUAGCUAGCUCUAAUUUAAAUUCCUUCUGGAACAUGUUUAAAAAUUAUUUGAUUUUGUUGAUGUAGCCUAUGCAUCUUAUUCAGGAUGUUAGCAAGUCAAGAGUAAAUAUAUGCAAUUUGAGGCACAAAAAGUGAUUGUUAAUCCAUUGUGGCGGUAUUGCCACGUGAUCAUUGAAAGAGCUGUAGAGUAGUCACUAAUGUAGAAAACCUAGAUUGUUAACCCCCAUUAAGAUGGAUUGAAGGCGUUAAAUGCAGAUUGCGACAAGGUCGCCAUUUCGAAUCCCAAUGAGCCUUUUGUUUUCCAACCUUAACCAUUCACAUUUCUCAUUUGACGUUCUAAAUUACUAAUUGACUGAACAGCUUUAUAAAUGUGGGAAACGUGUGGCACCCUCCCUCAUGCUGCUGCAGUGGACUAGAACUGGGAUAGGGACCAGAAGGCCACAGGUUCUAAUCUUUGCCAUGCCCUUUUAAUCGUCGACACUGGUCAAAAAAAUAAGGGGGCACAAUCCGAUCAGGACACAGAAUGCAUGUUAGAACCGGGGAUAUAAACUGACAAAAGCAAUCAAUCAUUUCUAUUGCGCAAUCUGAAACGCUUGAUACAGAAGGUCAUUUCCAAUUGAGUCGACAUAUGCAGCGUUUACCAUGAAUGCAGUCUUCGCCAACACGGGAACAUUGCCUUUAAAUUUGAAUCACGCUGUAACGCUGACCUUCAGCGGUACAGAUUAAAUAGAAUCCUACUUAUUUAUGUAGAACUCUUGCUGUUACGGAGAGCUUUCUUUGCAGAUUGUCAAUGUUAUUGAAAAUGACAAAUGUAUUUUAUAUCUGGAAACCAUAAACAAAUGUCAAAUAAAGUAUAUCGAGUCUCUUCAAUCCACUGUAUUCAUGCUAGCCUUGUCUGUAUCAUGAUGUACAUGUGCAAAUAUUUAGAAGACAAAAAUAAACAUGCUAGAAACUGUAAA